AUGCCACACAGGCAGCAGCUGGUCUGUUCCUAUGCUUGCAAACAGCUCCUCCCACAUGCAGUGCUUACAGAUGGCGCAAUCAUCCCAGCUCCAACCGCCUUAACAGCACUUCUUUUGGCAUCCACCUGCCAGGCCGCCGUCGCAGCGUGCAACACGAUCCUGGCGGCGGCUAUCGCUUCCGAUCCCACUGCCGACGGGAACACACGCGCGCUGCAGGUUGCCCUCCUCAGCACAACCAACAACAGCGAAGCGGCAAUGGCCCUCGCAUGCCUCCUGGUUUCGGAGUGCCUUCUAGCGCCCCUUGCUGAGGAGAUCGUGUUCCGAGGAGUGCUGCUUCGGUCGCUGCUCUCCAGCGGAGACGGCAGCGCUGCAGGACAAGGCCACAGAGGCGAGUAUGACAGCGCUGGCGCCGGCGGCGGCGGGAACGAGGACCUUCCGCAGAGAGCGACUGUCGCGGCAGGCUGGAUGGUUCCGGUAGUGGUUCAGGCGGCUUUGUUUGCGUGUUAUCACUGGAAUUCAGCCGAGUGGCCAGCGCAGUUUGUUCUUGGACUUGCGCUUGGAGCGGGGUACAUGGGGCUGCAGUGGUACGGCGGUGCACCGUUGGCAAUCGGUUGCGCUACCGCCGCGCCCGUCAUCUUGGCGGUGGGCCUUCUGUUCCUGCCCUCCCUGGAUCCGGGGUUCACGGUACCUGAGCUCCGUACAAUCAGCGAGGUAGACGAGGCCGAGGAAGCCGCGUCCUUCGACAUCUCCAUCUCCACUUCCUCCCCUUCCUCACCCUCGUCAGCAGUAAUAACAGCUGUACCAACAGGACGCGGAGGAGUGCUAGGGGAAGGGGACUCGUUCAGCUUGCAGGCGCCCUUCCCCGAUUCGUCAGAGGAGCUUGAAGGGCCGCCCCUCACGCUCGCGUCCCUCCAGCGGGGCCUGUGGCUCUACCAGGUGCAGGUGCUGAAACCCUGGUUUCCCGAGAUCCGUUGGUCCAGUGUGGGCCUGCUGUUUCUGGCGUCCUGUGCCGCCGCGGGCUCCCAGGAGCUUCUAGUUCGGGGUUACGGCGGCUCCUUACUGGUGGGCUGGUACGGGCACCUGCUUGCGAGCGCGACGGACGUCAAUAACCCAAUUUACUGGGCGAAGGUAUUUAGGCUGGUGACUCCUGACACAGCUCGCUGGAUGGCUGCGUUUUCACUCUUAGCGCUGCAGGUGGCGUUGUCGUCCUUGUCGGUGCAACGCGCCUCGAGGUUCGCUCGUACGGCACUAAACCGAGUGGGUCGUGUGGAUUCGAAGCUGGCCGAGGAGAUGGGGACGGUUCGGGGCUUAGUCAGGGUGACUGCCCUCCAACUUGAUGAUGAUGAUGCACCCACGGUAAAGGGUGAGCGCGAUCUGCUUUUGGAGUUCCCCACUGCCGAGGAGCGUGUGACCUACUGGGCCAGUUUGGGGGUGUCCGUGCUGCUGUGUGGCGCCAUGAACUACGCCUGGGCGGCAAGCGGGAGCCUGCUGGGGUCUUACACGGCAAGGGUGGCAAUUGACGGUGUGGUGACGGUGUUGCAGCAGCUCAAAGAAAAGCAGCUGCCGGACAGAGCGCGGUGGAAUGAGGUCCGGCGACAACUGCAGGAGGAAGAAGAGGAUGAGGACAAGGAGGAGAAAAGAAGGGAGGAGGAGAAAGGAGUGGCAGCGGGGACUAAGUAG